AUGGGGCUUUCAAGGUUGAGCCACACCUCCUUCUCAAUAUUGAAUGCUUUCCUUUCCUUUCUCUUCCAGAAAUCCCAGUUUGUACAGUUUGCAGAUGUUUUCCCCCUGAAAGAGUUUGGUUAUCAGCCGGGCCCAGUCCAGUACCUGGAAACGGUGGGCUGGAUUGAAUUCGUGGCGGGUUUCCUGUUGGCCUUCGGACCUCAGCUCCUGCAGGAAAUUAGCAAUUUUGUGCUCACUAUCGUCAUGAUAGGUGCGAUCUACACUCUCCUGGUUUUGAAAGAACCCGUUGCCAUGUGUGCUCCUGCCACCGUCUGCCUCGGUCUUCUGCUCCUCCUCAAUAUUCGGGGGCGAGGGAGGGUCGCCAAGGCGAAGUUCGAAUGAGGGACGUGUGUGUGUGUGUGUGUGUGUGUGGGGAGGGGGAGCCAGUCGGGGAGAAAGGGAGGGACUGGAAAGGAUCCUGUUGAGAUGGCAAGGACGCUUGAUUUUCUCACCCUUGUCCGGCCAACUUGGUAAUGGCAGAAGUUGGAACCCUCCAAUCAUGGAACCUAGAAAGGCUCGCUGAACCUGAGACGACUCAAAGUAAAUC